AUGCCUAUUGUUCAACAAGAAUCCAUUAACGUCGCCAGCAAUGGCCCUGUCAAGACCACCACAGCUUCCUAUGCCACUUCCCCUUACUACAACCAAGGCACUGCAUUGACCCAAGAAGCACGUACUCAGCUUGGUCUCCGCGGCUAUGCUCCUGUUGGUGUUGAGAACCUUGAGCUCCAAAAGACUCGUGCCUUGAAUCAAUUGCGUUCUAAGGCUACUGAUUUGGAAAAGUACACCUUCAUGGCUCAAUUGCGCAAUAGCAACACUCGCUUGUUCUAUAAGCUCGUUUGCGAUGAUAUCAAGGAAAUUGCCCCGAUUAUUUACACCCCCACUGUUGGCGAGGCCUGUGCCGAAUACUCCAACAUCUACCCGUUUCUGGGUCCUCCUGGUGCUGCUGAUGGUCUUUAUGUCUCUAUCAAUGAUCUUCCUUAUCUUAAGGACAUCUUGCGCAACUAUCGCAAGAACAGCGAUGGCACCAUUGAUGAGCCUGAGAUCACUGUCAUUACCGACGGCUCCCGUAUCUUGGGUCUUGGUGAUCUUGGUGUAGGUGGUAUUGGUAUCCCUAUUGGCAAGUUGCAACUUUACUCUGGUGCUGCUGGUAUUGAUCCUCGCAAGACUCUUCCCAUUGUCCUUGACUUUGGUACCAACACCGAACGCUAUCUCAAUGACCCCUUGUAUUUGGGCUUGAAGCAAAAGCGUCCUGAUGAGGAGAAGUUCUACGAAGCUGUUGAUGAUGUUAUGAAGGCCAUCUACGAGGUCUUCCCCAACAUCCUUGUGCAAUUUGAAGACUUUUCUUCCGAACAUGCUUUCGGUCUUUUGGAAAAGUAUCAAGAUAAGGUGUUCUGCUUCAAUGAUGACAUUCAAGGUACUGGUUCGGUCAUUCUUGCUGGUUUCAUGAAUGCCGUUCGCCUUGCUAAGGAGAAUGCUGGUGUUGACCCCAAGGAUCAUCGCAUUGUAUUCUUUGGUGCUGGUUCCUCUGCCAUUGGUGUUGCCAAGCAAAUCCUUUCAUACUUUAUGAAUGAACAUGGCUUGAGCGAGGAAGAAGCCAAAAAGAUCUUUUACCUUGUCGACAGCAAGGGCUUGGUGACACUUGACCGUGGAGAUAGACUUGCUCAACACAAGGUAUAUUUCGCCAGAUCCGAUAAUUCUCAAGCACAGUUCCGAACCCUGUGUGACGUGAUUGAUUAUGUCAAGCCCACUGCCUUGAUCGGUUUGUCCGCACAACAUCAAGCCUUCACCAAGGAAGCUGUUGGCAAGAUGGCUGCCAACAACAAGUUGCCUAUUGUCUUCCCUCUUUCCAACCCCAUGACCAACGCCGAAUGCACCUUCCAACAAGCUAUGGAAUACACUGACUACAAGGUUCUCUUCGCUUCUGGCACUGCUUUCCCUCCUGUCACUCUUCCUUCUGGUGAGCUCAAGUAUGCUGGUCAGGGUAACAACAUGUACAUUUUCCCUGGUUUGGGCUUGGGUGCUAUUGUUGCCAAGGCUGCACGUGUCUCUGAUAGCAUGGUCUAUGAAGCUGCCAAGGGCUUGUCCAGCUCCUUGCUUCCUGAGGAAAUCCAAAACGGCAACUUGUAUCCUGAACUCAACCGUAUUCGUGAAGUCUCUGGUGAAGUCGCUGCUGCUGUUGCCAACCAAGCUAUCCAAGAAGGUCUUGCUCGUGACCCUGAGAUGCUUGAAAUUGCCACCAACUACAAGGGUCAAGAAUACAAGGAUCGUCUUUUGGCCUAUGUCAAGUCCCACAUGUGGGAUGCUAACAAGGACUCCCACUUUUCCUUCUCUCUUCCUUCCCCUUCCCUGUAA